AUGAUUUCAUACGUCUUUCUAAUUGCGAUCAUCUUCAAGGUCCUCGCUUUAAGUUGGGUUAAUCCACCAAACACUUCACGAGUCCAGAUCAGUGGCAACGGAAAUGUUGCGACCAGCAGCCCCUCACGUCCAGGAAGGAAUGUAGUCCAUUUCUCCCGACUCAACUGCGCGUUAGAAACUCAACAAUCCAAUCCUGGCCCGACUGAACAAAUUCCAGCAAUUGGUCCUUCUCGCGCGCCCACCAUCCCAACUGAGUCCUCUGAUUCCAGGACCGAUAACGCUCCCCGUCCCGGAACCUCUCGACUGGUAGCUUCAGAUGAUAUCGAUACCGCCGCAAUCAUGCCUUCUACUCCUUCUCCGCGAAAACGUGGCAAAAUGGCUGCCGUAGAACAUCAUAAAUGA